UUCAGCGCUGUGUUUGGCUGGUUUCCGCUGUGGUUUCUACUGAAAUGUUUGGUGCUAGAGUACAUGUUACCCCUGCAGUUUUAGUUUAUUGCUUAGUUAAUAUUUGAAAUCAUGUUUUUUUGAUCGUUCUGCUUAGCUGAUGCUAAAAUCUGUCAUUUUUUUUAUCCAUAACAACGGAGGGAGACAGGAGGAUGUUAGAAUAACAGGCUGCUAACUUUAGCAAUGAGGAUGCUAAUCGCUAACGCAAUGGAUGGUGGAGUAUCUAACAUGGACGAUAACAAGGAUUGUGAUGAGGACUGUCUGAGAGAACUACUUUAAUACUAGAUAAUCUAAACAGUGCAGAAGCGCCCGGGUCUUAUCAGAGCCAAAAAUCCAACAUGCAGAUGUUGUCCAGCCCGCUGCUCAGCCAAUCACACGCCCUGGGAGGAGCGUCGGGCUGCUUUAAAAGCUGCAGCUGAAGCCGUAGAGAAACAGGAUCUUCUGACUUGCACAGAUAACUCUAAAGCCGGCAUCAUGGUUGAAUGGACAGACUUCGAGCGUGCCACCAUCCAGGACAUCUUUGCCAGGAUGGACUAUGAAGUUGUCGGUCCCAAAGCUCUGUCCAGGUGUUUGGUCGUCUACCCUUGGACUCAGAGGUACUUUGGAAACUUUGGAAACCUCUACAACGCCGCUGCUAUCAUUUCAAAUCCGUUGGUUGCUAAACACGGAAAAGUCAUCCUUCACGGUAUGGACAGGGCCAUGAAGAACAUGGACAACAUCAAGGCAACCUACGCCGAGCUUAGCGUGCUGCACUCCGAGAAGCUGCACGUGGAUCCCGACAACUUCAGGCUGCUGUCUGACUGCCUGACCAUCGUGGUCGCCGCUCAGUGGGGCAAAGAAUUCACUGGUGAGAUCCAGGCUGCUUUCCAGAAGUUUCUGGCUGUGGUCGUUUCCUCUCUGGGCAAACAGUACCACUAGACAGCUGCAGCAGAAGACCAAAUGAUGCGGAGCUUCAAUUUAAAAUUGUUUUGUUGUCUCAAAACAAAUAAAACA